AUGUCUGACUCAUUGCUGGUAAUUGUGGUAACAGGCUCUAAGAAGAAGGUACGCUGGUUUCCCGUUAGGCGACUCUUCACUCAAUCCUGUCCCAGCAUCAGGAUUCCUAGCAGGUUUUUAAGAGAAGGUCGGAGGUCCCCCCCUGCAAGAAGUGGGCAUCGAUGUGUGGCAGAUAAUACUAAUUUAUAUGUGUUUGGUGGGUAUAAUCCAGACUAUGAUGAAUCGGGUGGUCCAGAAAAUGAAGACUACCCUCUCUUUCGAGAACUUUGGCGAUACCAUUUUGCAACAGGAACAUGGCAUCAAAUGGGUACAGAUGGAUAUAUGCCGAGAGAGCUUGCAUCUAUGUCAUUGGUUUUACAUGGCUACAACCUCCUGGUGUUUGGAGGCACAGGCAUCCCAUUCGGCGAGAGCAAUGGCAAUGAUGUUCAUGUCUGUAAUGUGAAGUAUAAGAGAUGGGAAAAGCUUAACUGCGAAGGAAAGAAACCCAACCGUAUUUAUGGGCAGGCAAUGGCAAUUAUUAAUGGUUUUCUAUAUGUAUUUGGAGGGACAACUGGCUAUAUCUACAGUACAGAUCUACACAGGCUAGAUCUCUCCACCAGAGAAUGGGUUCAGCUGAAACCAAACAAUCCACCGUGCGACCUGCCAGAAGAAAGGUAUAGACAUGAAAUUGCACAUGAUGGUCAAAGGAUCUAUGUUCUGGGUGGAGGCACAUCUUGGACUGCAUAUUCAUUAGACAAGAUCCACGCUUAUAACUUUGAAACAAAUACCUGGGAGGAAAUUCCUACCAAACCACAUGAAAAUCUAGGUUUUCCAGCUGCCAGAAGAUGUCAUAGUUGUGUCCAAAUAAAAAAUGAAGUGUUUAUUUGUGGUGGUUACAAUGGAGAAGUUAUCUUGGGGGAUCUGUGGAAGCUAAACUUGCUGACAUUUCAGUGGACAAAGCUUCCUGCUAUGAUGCCUGAGCCAGCAUACUUCCACUGUGCAGCAGUUACCCCGGCUGGCUGUAUGUAUAUCCAUGGAGGUGUAGUUAAUAUCCAACAAAACAAGCGGACUGGAUCCUUGUUUAAAAUCUGGCUGGUAGUCCCCAGCCUCUUAGAACUGUGUUGGGAGAACUUGCUGAAAUAUUUUCCCCAGCUUGCUCACCUUCCCACCAGUCAGCUUCUACAGCUUGGACUGUCACAGGGACUUAUUGAGAGGUUAAAAUAA